GGUGUUCUUGCCCAGUUGUUUCUUCUUCCCAGAUCCCAAGAACGAGAGGGAUUUUAUCAGUCUAAACAAGUAAUGAUGGGAGUCUUCCUCAAGCAACAACAAUUACGAAGGGAUUAAGAAGAGCAGCAACGAGUUCCGGAAGAUUAGGAUCUCAUUUUUUAGGAUGAAUUAUUAAGUUCUUGGAUCUAGUCUUCUUGAUUCAUUUGGGCGUUGUCUCCCCUACAUGUGUUAAUAUCAACAAAGAGUCAAAACUAGAACUUACACAAGUUCAUACAAGUGGAUGAUUAAGUAACAUUUUGCUGAAAGAAUCGUCCUAAACAAGAUGUUGCACAUAUUGACAUUGAAGCGAGAGACGAAUAUGAGGACUAAGCUAUCAGGCUAUGAAGAUAAGAAGAAAAUAGAUGGAUAUACACCCGGGGUACUUGAGUAUAAGGCGAAAUAUGCUGCUGCAUUUUUUAUAACCGAGAAGCAGCGCACAACUGACCUCGAUUCCCUGAAGCGCCGAACAGGAGCACCGACUCGCCGUCGCCGGUCCGCCGCGUCGCCGGUCCGCCGCGUCGCCGAGUCUCUUCCAGUCCGCCGCGUCGCCGCCACAGGCCCACAGCUUCAAUCCUUCAAACCUUCAAAUUUCAGAGAACAAUUGUAAGAGGUUGGCAGCAAGGGUGGUGGGUGUGUAGCACGGUCCUUGAAUCAAACGAGUCACAACAAAUGAGGAGCAUGGAGUAAUAUACGGUGGGUAUAAGAUCUUCUUAUAGAAAACCAAGAAGACAAGUGAUUUGGUCAAAGGAGAAACUAAUGGUGGGCCUUCUAUUGUGUAAAGGAAUGGGACAAAGGGAGAGGAGAAUGAAUUGAGGAAGAAGACGACAACUUAUGGAAUGAUAUGAUUAUCUUCUCUUCAUUGCCUUUAAUUUGCUUUAUAGAAACUGUUCCCUCUCUUGCCCUACUCUCUCCACCCUUUAUUAUUUUGAUGGUACACAUCAUUGUCGAUUGAUUCUAUUCAGAUACCUUUUUGCUUAAUUGGUGGAAAUCAAAUUCACUAAUUUCC